GCUGUUUUUCUAUUCUGUUCACAAUCAACAGGAACAAACUGAUCAAAAUAACAAAUAUUGCAUCCAAGACCAUUAACCACACCACACCCAACAUCACAGAGCUCAAUCACAGAGCAAGCUGUACUUGCCUUGCCCUGUCAGUAACCAACGACCAGGACCAUCCUCUCACCCCACGGUUAUACUGCUGCUCUUUGGUUGCAGAUACUGGACCCUAAAACGGAGACAGGCGCACUUCAGUAAAAGCUUUGUCCCAUCUGGCAUCUCAGCACUCAAUAACCUCCCACAAUAACCCUUCCUGUCACUACCCAAUAAGCAAGAAGACAAAAGACAAGCUUGCCAGACGACUGACUGAACCUCUAGUGGACGCAAUAUGGUGAAACAUGGCAAUACAGAAGUCUCGGUGGAGAUGGACUAUGUGAAUUUUCCUGAUGCUUCAGGCAAUGAAGAAAACGAGACUGUGACAGGUAAAUACUUCUACAGACUAGUUGGCGUGAGUUUUGGACUCUUGUGUGUCCUGCAAGCUGUUCUCAAUAUUUCACUGCGCCUGACUAUCUUGCAUUGUGUCAGAAAUUCCACUCAAGACCUUGAACAGCUGAAAAGAAAAAACACUAUCAUUGAUAAUUAUGUCCGUGAAGGAUGGGUGUAUUUCCCCUCCAGUGUGUAUUACAUUUCCACAACAACAAGACCCUGGGAUGCCAGUCGAAUUGACUGCCUUAGAAGAGGUGCCGACCUAGUGGUUAUCAACAGCAGAGAAGAGCAGGACUUCACACUGGAAUUCGACCUGGACGCGUGGAUUGGGCUGGCCAAAAGUAAUGGCACGUGGAAAUGGGUUGAUGGGUCUCCGCUGUCAACAAGCUACUGGGGAAAAGAACAGAAGAAUUCUUUUCACGAAAAUGAAAAUUGUGUGCUCUCAAAGCGCAGAAAUGACAAGUCUCUCAGUUGGAAAAAUACAUCAUGUGGGGAAUUCCGUUUUUGGAUCUGUGAAAAGAUGGUGUAAUGCAGCUUAAAGGAAACAAUGUAUUCCUGAACUCUGUCCAUUUCACAUAACUAAUAUUUGGUCUUAUACCAUGACCAUGGGAUAAUGUACAUGUAAUGUUCUGCUUGCUUUUCAUUUUACAAACCUUGACAAUCUUUGGCAACACCACUGGGCUGAAUGAAAUUGCUACUCCUCCAUUAUUUGUAGACGGAUCACAAUAAAAUUUAAUAGAUACAGUUGAAGGCGGAAGCUUUCAAAUACUGUUCAAAAACGCACAUUUCAUUUUUUGUCUCAGUGUGUCUGAAGUCAAACCAAACUUUAACCUUAAAUACAUCUCCAGGUGUGCUGUCAAUUAACUCAUACGUGGUGAGUUAACCUAUCGUAAGCCUCCAAAGCCAUGACCUCAUCAUCUGGACUUCCCUAUGUUCUUUCAAAACUUAUUGUGUAUGUAAACUUUUGAUGUCGAAGAAAAUCAAAAAUGCAAAUAUGAAAUAAAAAAAAUGUCUUCAUCGUUAUUGUGGCAUGUGACAAAAUAAAAUCAUUUCGGUAAUCGUGACUAACCUGAAACAGGAAAUGUUUGGUCCGAUUAGAGUUCAGACUGUGAGACAAAAAAAAAAAUGAAAUGUGUGUUUUUAAACUACUACUUUAAUUCAAUGAAUUAAUUGCGGACUUAUUGUUGCCUGUAGGUCCUGAGCUAAGCCAGUAGAGGGAGUCAUAGGCAGCCGUAGUUUAUUCUGAACCCAUUAAUCAAAUAAUUAUUGAAUUUAAAUUCCUAAGUUCAUUUCCUGCCAGCUAAUGUAUAUAUAUCGAAAUAUUCUAUGAAACGCUAAAUAGUGUAGAGAUAUUUGUUCCUGAACAUUUGUUCAUUGUACUUGGUACAUUCAUUUCUUUAUCGUCUUUCUGACUGGAUAAGAUUUGAGCAACUCUCAGCUUCUUCUCUGAAGCAAGGUCAUAAACAGCUGCAUUGUAAAAUUCCAUUUUCUUGUAAGUUAUUUCAUGGGUUAACAUAGGGGCCUGCCUAUUUGCAUAGGCAAUAACAAAAAGUGUUUAAAAGUUUGGCCUGGCCGGCCAGCUUUUAAUUACUCUUUCCUUAAUAAAUGUAUUUAUCUUAGGUGAUGAUUGCUUUCGAUUUGUUCCAUAAC